AUGAUUAUAUAUAACAUUAUAUCCACCUUCGCUCAAAUACCACCUGCAUUAAUGAUGUUAUCACAGCAUCAUCUUCGCUGGUUAGGGCACGUUCUCCGUCGUUCACCACAGGAGUUGAUGCAUAUUUCGCUAUUUGCUAAGCCCUGUGAUGGUUGGCGCCAAAGCGAGGAGGACCAGUCAAGAGCUGAACUAAAAGAUUUUGAACGUGUAAGGGGACCAGCGAUAUAUGGUCUUAGAUGGUGA